CGCGGCGCGGCGGGGGCACAGGCGGCCCACGGCAGUCCCAGCUCGGGGCCAGCGCCCGCCAGACGUCGCCCGAGAACGCCUCGGGCACGCUGUCCCCCGUUCGGGAGAAAGUGUUCGACCACGUCUUUCUUCCAACACCGGCUCUGCUGGGAGGCGAGGUUGGGUCCCGGGUUUUGACCCACGCCCCCCCACCCCCAUACACACUUCAUUUCCCGCAGUGCUCGGCCGCCCGAGCGCACCGGCUCCUAGGGGGAGAAAUCUGAGUUCCCAGCCCGCACGCUCGUCCAACCCCUCCAGAGCUCCGGCUCGGAGCGCCGCACACUUCCCCCGGGGUUCCCUCGGGGAGCCCCUGCCUCUGCCGUGGGCGCCCUCGGACUAGUGGAGCGCGCGUCUGCGGCGGCCGGGAGCAGCGGCGAUGGAGACGCCAGCUUCCUUUGCUUGGUCGGGGCGGCUGCUGAACGGCGGAGUGGCGUGGACCUCAUGUAGAAAUGACAACAAUGGAAGGGGCCAGCGGGUCGAGUUUUGGAAUAGACACGAUUUUGUCCAGCGCCAGCUCGGGCAGCCCCGGAAUGAUGAAUGGAGAUUUCCGCCCGCUCGGUGAGGCCAGGACCGCGGAUUUUAGGAGUCAGGCUACCCCGUCCCCUUGUUCGGAGAUCGAUACCGUAGGAACAGCGCCUUCUUCUCCUAUCUCGGUCACCAUGGAGCCCCCGGAGCCGCACCUGGUGGGAGACGGGCCCCAGCAUCACCACCACCUCCACCACAGCCAGCAGCCGCCGCCGCCUGCAGCGGCUCCGACGCAAACUUUGCAGCCUUCGCCCCAGCAGCAGGCGCCGCCGCCGCCACAGCAGCCGCCACCGCCCGCCCAGCAGCUGGGCACGGCCGCCUCGGCCCCCAGGACUUCCACCUCUUCUUUUUUAAUUAAGGACAUCUUGGGCGACAGCAAACCUCUGGCGGCGUGUGCACCCUACAGCACCAGCGUCUCCUCUCCCCACCACACCCCGAAGCAGGAGGGCAACGCGGCGCACGAGAGCUUCAGGCCAAAGCUGGAGCAGGAAGACAGCAAAACCAAACUCGACAAGCGGGAGGACUCCCAGGGCGACAUCAAAUGCCACGGAACAAAGGAGGAAGGAGACAGGGAGAUCACUAGUAGCCGAGAGAGUCCCCCCGUGAGAGCCAAGAAGCCUCGAAAAGCCAGGACGGCUUUCUCGGACCACCAGCUCAACCAACUGGAGCGUAGCUUUGAGCGGCAAAAGUACCUGAGUGUGCAGGACCGCAUGGACCUGGCAGCUGCGCUGAACCUCACUGACACCCAAGUGAAGACCUGGUACCAGAAUCGCAGGACCAAGUGGAAGCGGCAGACCGCCGUGGGCCUGGAGCUACUGGCCGAGGCCGGGAACUACUCAGCGCUGCAGAGGAUGUUUCCGUCGCCUUAUUUCUAUCACCCCAGCCUGCUGGGCAGCAUGGACAGCACGACGGCGGCGGCGGCUGCCGCGGCCAUGUACAGCAGCAUGUACCGGACUCCUCCAGCUCCCCACCCCCAGCUGCAGCGGCCCCUGGUGCCCCGCGUGCUCAUCCACGGCCUCGGGCCUGGGGGACAGCCGGCGCUCAACCCCUUGUCCAACCCCAUCCCUGGCACCCCGCACCCCCGGUGAGGAGGGGAAGAAGGCGCCGCCAACCCCGCCCCAUCCCCGCCCCGACCCACACAAGCUGCCCCUUCUCUUCCCGCACUGAGCCACCGGGACUCCCGUGCAGCCGAGCCUAGGAGGCCGAGGAGUAGGAGAGGAAGCCGCUCAUCUGUGAGCUGGGGGUCCCCCAAAGAGGAGCCAGCCCUCUGCUCUCCAUCUCCCCACUCCCAGACCCAGGGCUGGAAAGCACCCCUACAGCUGUGUGACUGGCGGAAAACGCUGACCCACACGAGGUGCGACCAGUAAGUGGAAGCGUCAACGGAAACAAAACCUCAAGUUCUUCUUUUCUUUCUUUAUUUUUUUUUAAACGACUUUAGGGACAAGCAGGAGGGAGGGAGGGGGGAGGGCUGAGGAGGGCAGGACGAAGGGCACGGAGAGGGAGCUGAGGCAGAGCGCACUGCGGAGGACAGCCGAGGCGGAGGCCUGCAUGGACCUUCCGUGUGCCCCGGAGAAAGGAGGAGGGUAACUGAGAACUUUGCACUGAUUUCUCAUGACCUUUUUUCUUUUGGAAAAGUGGCAUGCUCCAUAAUAUGAAAAAAAUGUACAUUUGAAAGACUGAGUGAUAAGUGAUAUAUCAUAUUUAUUAUAUGUUGUCCCAAAAAAGAGUCACUUAUAUACGUUAGUAAAAACAUGAUUUUU